CCACCAAACAAAUCCAAAUCCAUCAAAAUGACUGGAGGCAAAUCCGGAGGAAAGGCUAGUGGCUCCAAGAACGCGCAAUCCCGAUCAUCCAAGGCUGGUCUCGCAUUCCCAGUUGGUCGUGUCCACCGUCUCCUCCGAAAGGGUAACUACGCUCAACGUGUUGGUGCUGGUGCCCCCGUCUAUCUCGCAGCUGUCCUUGAAUACCUUGCGGCCGAAAUCCUCGAAUUGGCCGGUAACGCUGCCCGCGACAACAAGAAGACCCGUAUCAUCCCUCGCCAUCUCCAACUCGCCAUCCGCAACGAUGAGGAACUGAACAAGCUUCUCGGACACGUCACAAUCGCGCAAGGUGGUGUCCUGCCUAACAUUCACCAGAACCUCCUCCCAAAGAAGACGGCCAAGGGUGGAAAGACUGCCAGCCAAGAGCUGUAGAUGGUUUUUU